AUGCCAUGCAUCAAUUCUGGUCUCAAUCCUGAGCAAAAAACAGUAUUCGAUCUUGCUGCUGAAGGACACAAUGUUUUCUUUGGUGGUCAUGGUGGUACUGGUAAGACUUUCACAGUUAAAAGGCUUGUGAGUUAUCUUUCUGCAGCUUGUACAACGGGCAUGGCAUGUGAUUUGUAUGAGAAGGCUAGCACUUUACAUGCUUUUGCUUGCAUUGUAAAUUCUCGAAUGAAUGUGGAUGAGUUAAUAGUAUCUGUACGAAAUCGGGAAAGUUGCUUGGCAAGGUGGAAAAACACUUAUACAUUGAUCAUCGAUGAAAUUUCUCAACUGAGUAGAAAGGUAGGCUAUUUGAAGCAAUUCAUCACUUGGGACAGAAAACAAGAGAAAAUUGUAUACCUUUUGGGGGAAUUCAAAUUAUUGUUGUUGGGGAUUUUAAACAACUUCCUCCAGUUCCGAGUGAUAUUGAUAAAAGUGACUUCUGUCUUGAGAGUCGAUUGUGGCAAUCAACACUCAAACACAAUGUAUUACUCGUGACUGUUUACAGGCAAGAACAGCAGCAGUUCAUUCAUUUUCUCAGGGGUAUUGCAUCGGGAGUUAUUUCAGAUGACAUGCAACCCCUUAUUGAGGAAUUAACAUAAAAAACUCUUAAUGCACAAACGUUUGGAUUGGAGUUUAUUCCACAUAUUUUGUCCACUAAUUUGAGGCCAACUUUCAUAAUAUGAAUAAACUCAUAAAUUUACCUGGAGACAUUUAUGUGUAUGAUGCCAUUGACACAGCGAGUGAGAACACUUUGAAUAAAGUUACUUUGGCAAAAAGUCAGUUGAAACUGAAAAUUAGUGAAGUAAUGCUGCUUUCUAAUAUUUCUGAAAAGUUGAAGAAUGGUACCAGGGGAAAGUUGUCCAGUUGGAGAAAGAUGGUCCCACUGUUGAUUUCAAAGAUGUUGGUAUUGUCACCAAAUUACAUCGGUGUACAUGGUUUGCAUACAAAUCUGGAAUGAAAGAUGUUAUUGUUGGACAAAAAUCUCAGUUUCCUCUGAUAUUAGCUUGGGGAAUUACUGCUCACAAAGCACAGGGACAACAUUAA